CGCCCAGCGCGUUUUAUAGGGAGCACUUAGCGGGAUUAAAAAGCGAAUAAAAAAUAGGGAGCAUCGACGAACGUCGGCGGCGGUACGGGUAGCCUCGUACGGAAGAUCUGUGUCAUGAGCACCACGACAAUGCUGGCUGACCAUAACAGAGACGUCUUGCUAGCCCUGCUCUCCAGGAACAAGCAUCUCGAAGCUAGCAUACCAAAGUGCGCUGGUUGUGAGCAACCCAUCUUGGACCGGUUCAUCCUGAAAGUGCUGGAACGUUCGUGGCACGCGCGAUGCCUCAAGUGUGCCGAUUGCCAUGCUCAGCUGGCCAACAAGUGCUUCGCAAGAAAUGGACUCGUCUACUGCAAGGAGGACUUUUUCAAACGUUUCGGCACAAAAUGUGCCGGCUGCGAACUGGGCAUCCCUCCGACGCAGGUGGUCCGCCGAGCCCAGGACAACGUCUACCACCUGCACUGCUUCGCCUGCAUUCUCUGCAAGCGGCAGCUCAACACCGGGGACGAGUUCUACCUGAUGGAAGACAACAAGCUUGUCUGCAAAGCUGACUACGAAGCCGCUAAAGCACGCGAAGGUUCGAGCAAGCGUCCGCGUACCACCAUCACGGCCAAGCAGUUGGAGACCUUAAAGAGCGCCUACAACAACAGCCCCAAGCCCGCGAGACACGUACGCGAGCAGCUGUCCCAGGACACAGGGCUGGACAUGCGGGUCGUCCAGGUCUGGUUCCAGAACAGGCGGGCCAAGGAGAAAAGGCUCAAGAAGGAUGCGGGCAAGAGUCGCUGGGGGGACUACUUCCGAUCCGGCGCUAUCAAGAGGGACGUUAAAGAUCAUCCUGAGGACUCGGAGCCGUUCGGUCUGACGACGGGGAGCGACCCGGAAAACUCCCAUUCGCCGGGUCACCAAUCCGCGAGCAGCCUGGGGCCGGGUGGUGUCCCGUACUACCCGGCGAGUCCCCAGUUCGGGGGACACUUCGGCGGCCUUCCGGCGCCGGGGUCCGAUCAGUUCACCGGCAACCGGGGCGACGACGCCGGGUACGCCGAGUUCCCACCCAGCCCAGCCUCUUGGCUGGAGGACAUGGACAACAGCACGCCCUCGUCGGCCACAAACUUCUGAGCCUCUGAAAUGUGUCUUUUCUUUUUUUUCGGUGCUGGCCACCGCGUGUUCGAAAGGUUCCUUAGCUGUAAGGGGAGGUAAUAUCCACUGGAACUGGCAAGUGUUAGGUGCUGACCACGUGAAAUCUAGUCAUUCGAACGUUUGCGAAAAUUCUUUGUUUUUUUCUUUCAAAAAGACAAUGAUGUUAAUGUCUACGAGGCACUUGGUAGUUAAGGCUUAUUAAAUGCUAAGGUACGGCCCGUUCCUCAGCACCCGCACUGUGGAAUGCUUUGUGCUAACAUUUGCACCGUUCGCCACUGCUCUCGACGGUCGCAUGUUUCUUGUUCACGGAGUGAUAAAUUCAUAAAAUAAUCGCGCAAAGCAUAGCCAAAUCAAUUCAUGGUGACGGCACGAUAGUACCCAAUUUCACCGGAGUACUCUCGAAAUCUUCAAGGAAGUCACGCGUUCACAUUUGUGCGGUCCGACGUACAUAUUUGCGGUAUCAUUUCCGAAGAAACAGAAGUAACUAUGACGUCACGGCCCAUAAGGAGAGAUUCAGGGAGGCAAAUGGGAGGCAGGUUCUCGUAUAGGGCGGACCAAUCUGUGAAGAAGGCCGUGACAUGCUCUGUGACAUUCGGCAGUCUCUUUGUUAUUGUGAGCUAAAGAGAUUCUCCUCAACUAACAGAAAAAGCAACAAAGAGCCAACAAAUCAGGGACAAGUCUAUUGCAUUGCAUUUCUUAUAAACGACUAAAAAGAGUACCACUAUGAAUGAAGGGUUGAGCCACCGUAUAAGCAUAGUACCGUCACUGAGGUAUACGCAUCUGCGGAAACAAAAUGGCGUGUGAUGCUUUCCGGUGUACCUCAGUGGCGGUCGCUCCUGUUUAGUGGCCACGCUGUCAAGUAAGGUAAGGAACGACGAAUCUGUACAUAUGUGAAUAAACUGCGGCAUUGUGAAGAGAAACGCACAUCGUAGGACUUGUGACGUCGUUCACCACGUGAUGUGGAAGUUUCAACAUGGCGGCACGAGUGCGUGUUUCCGUGUGUGUGCGUGUGUGUGACGAGGAGUUAUUAAAAAGUUCCGCGAGGGUUCUCGAGCACUUGAGAUGGCAAAGGACUGGGUCUGCAAGUUCCUAGACUGGAGGACACUGUACCGUUUUUUUAGCAGACGACGCGGGAAUGUGCACAGUGUUGUGGUCUUCGUCUGGAUUCGUUGGGUGGAGUUGAAGCCUGAAGACUAGUUUAUUUAUUUAUUUAUUUAUUUUGUGAUAUAUAGUGUUACUUUUACAGUUAUAUUUAUGGAUUACUUAUUACGUACUUAUUUAAGGAGUCUGGCAGGGGACACUUUCUGCAAUGUGUUUCUUGUCGUCCCCGACGUGAAGAGGAUAUCUUCCUUUGGAAUAUUCAGUAUUUGACAUAGGAGUGCGAAUUUAUUUAUUAGUUUCUACGAAUGAAAAUUGUGAAAGGAUGCGCAUUUCGUUCGUUCGUGUGAAAAAGACACGAGUGUCUUUUGUGUAAUAAAUAUGGAGAUUUGA